AUGGCAACUCAUACGUCUUAUUGUAUAGGCGGCUACCUUGAUGUGUGUAUCUUCCAACCUGACUUGGUCAAUCCCUACUACAAGCUUACUGAUCCGUACAUGAACCUCGAUAUCCUAGGGCCUAAGAUCAUCUUGCCACACUGGUCCUAG